GAAUGGGGAGCGCGCGCGCGCGGCCCGCUGCUGUCGCCGUUGGUGACGCCGGCGCGCGGCGCGCGAGGCAGGAGCAGGAGUGGGGGGGGGGAGCCUCGUGAACGCGCUUCCCAGGCGAGCACGGCCCGUGGACUCUCCACACGCUGGCUGGUGGGGGGCGAUAUGACCGAGGCGACGGCUCGGGCGGCUGCGUUUGUCCCUCAUUUUCCUUUUCAGGCACGGCGCUCAGGGCCCCGGGACGCGGCUUCAAGCAGUUAAUUAAUUAAAACCGGGCUCCCCCCUUCUUCUUCUUUUUUUUUUUUCAAAAAACCAAAACAAGCAAAUCGCCAUUAUAUGAUCCAGUAUCCCGCGUCUCCGCUGCCCUCCAUGUGGGUGAGGGACCUGUGUGUGUCCGACUAUGGCGAGAAAAACAGUUAGCAGGAAAAGGAAGGCAGGCGAGCUCAGGGAACAACAGCUGGGCUGGGCCCCCGAGGUGUGCAAGAGGCAGCGGCUGGCCGCGGCGCGGCGCUCCGUGGUGUGCGUCCUGCGCGGCCGGGAGUUCCGCCAGCAGCAGCAGCACGAGCGGCGCCUGCAGCAGAGCAUGCGAGGCUACGCGGCCCAGCGCCUGCCCGGCAUCCUGCGCGAGCGGGAGUUCGCCCUGGGCACCCUCAACAAGGUGUUCGCCUCGCAGUGGCUCAACCACAGGCAGGUGGUGUGCGGGACCAAGUGCAAUACGCUGUUCGUGGUGGACGUGCUGACCGGCCAGAUCACGCGGAUCCCCAUGCUGAAGGACCGGGAGCCGGGCUGCGCCCUCUUGGACCAGCAGGGCUGCGGGAUCCAUGCCAUCGAGCUCAACCCCUCGGGCACCCUGCUGGCCACUGGGGGGGACAACCCCAACAGCCUGGCCGUCUACCGCCUGCCCACCCUCGACCCCGUCUGUGUGGGAGACGACGGCCACAAGGACUGGAUAUUCUCCAUUGCCUGGAUUAGUGACAGCAUGGCUGUGUCGGGGUCCCGGGACGGCUCCAUGGGACUGUGGGAGGUGUCGGAGGAGGUGCUGAGCCAAGCCGCGCGGCAGCGGGAUGAGGCUGGGGUCCCCACCUACUCCCACAUCACGCACAGCGCCCUCAAGGACAUCCCCAAAGAGUACACCAACCCCUACAACUGCAAAGUGCGCGCACUGGCCUUCAACAACGGCAGCAAGGAGCUGGGAGCUGUGUCUCUUGAUGGCUAUUUCCACCUGUGGAAAGCAGAGCACAAUCUGUGCAAGCUCCUGUCCACCAAGCUUCCUCACUGCAAGGAGAAUGUGUGUCUGGCCUACGGUCAGGAGUGGUCAGUCUAUGCGGUUGGCUCCCAGGCCCACGUCUCCUUCCUGGACCCCCGCCAGCCCCCCAACAACGUCAAGUCAGUGAGCUCUCGGGAGAGGGGCAGUGGGAUCCGCUCGGUCAGCUUCUACGAGCACAUCAUCACAGUGGGCACCGGCCAGGGUUCGCUGCUCUUCUACGACAUCCGUGCCCAGCGCUUUCUGGAAGACCCCUCGGGCCCGAGCUGUGGCUACAAGGGGCGGCCCGGAGACGGCAUUCUCAAGCUCUCGACUGGCAAGGGCUGGCUGAACUACGACGAGACCUGGAGAAGCUACUUCGCGGAGAUCAGCUCCUUCCCCAACGCGGUGUACACCCACUGCUACGACACCUCGGGCACCAAGCUCUUCGUCGCGGGCGGGCCGCUGUGCUCGGGGCUGCACGGGAACUACGCGGGACUGUGGAGCUAGCGCCCGGCCACGAGCAGGCGCCCCCUUUCCUCCUGCCCCCCUUUUUUGAUUUGAGUUGACUUUCAGUUCUUCGGGAAGCAGCCGGGUGAGCUGUGUUUUUUGUUGGCGUUUUUCCUAUGGUCAUUCUGUCAGCCAGUGGAUUGACACCGUGUGGAAUUAAGAGACGUAGCCAUCGGGCGCAGAGACACUUCCUCUUGGACCUGAUUUCCUCCAAGCAGCACACCAGCAUAGAAGACGCUCUGCAGCGCUUGGUCUGAAUCGCUGGGCCGGAGCUCGGACGCCUGUGUGAACGGCAGGGAGAGUCUUGCUGUCCUCCAGUGCGGAGGGAAGAGACGGAACAGAAGAGAUGAAGGAGCUGAUGGCGCACUGGAUGAACGAUGAGGGUUUGGUUGGCUUUGGUAUCGGCUGGAAAGCUUGGUUCCUCUGUUUUGUUUUUUUUUGGGGGUGGUGUUGUGGUGUUCACCCCUCCUCCAGGAAGGCGGGCGGUGGGCAGGGACAGAGUGUAGCAGAGCUGAGGGGUGAGGAGGGCAUGCCCCUCCAGUCUGGAGCAGGAAGAACAGCCAGAAACACUAACCAACUCCAGCUUUGUCCCACCGAAAGAAAAAAACAAACCUGGAGGAUUUUUAACAUUUUAUUUUCUCUUUGCUGAUUUUUGUUUUUUUUGUUUUACAAGAUAUUUUAUCUUCCGGACUUGGUCACCCACUUGCUGUGUGUUUUCCUGUAGCCUCCCCUUUCUCUCCAUCGUCACCUUGGUGUGCUUGUGUCGGUUCUUUCGGAGUGUUUAUUAGUCGAGUGGUCUCGCCCUCCUCGCCAGCAGCCAGAGGCAGGACUUAAUUUAUUGCUUUGCCUCCUCUUGGUCUUUCUGUGAAAGACCACUGUGGGCCGUCGUUGUGUUUCAUGGUACUAAGUGUGUCUGUACAGUACAAAAAGAAAAAUGAAAAUUACGACCAUCCAUCUAACGCAUAACCAUCACUUUUUUAUUUCUUAUAUAUAUACUUAUAUAUGAGAAUUCAAACUAACUUGUCUGUUUCUAGUGGUGCCCUCUUUUAUAUACACUUCAUGAAUGUUUUUACAAAUUACGAGUCUGAAAAUAUUGUACAACAUCAAACAAAAACUAACCAAAAAAAUUAUAAAA